CUUGACGUCAUACUCUGAGCUGCAGACAAUGAAACGUCGUCAUCGCAGACUGUGAAGCAGAUACAGGCGACGUCAAAAAUGUAGGAACCAUAUGGCGGGAACUGCUGGCGCGACAAAAAAUUGGGGUCAGAUCGCUACGAAAAGUACUACUAACGAAAGUGCGCUGCGCAGCAUCUGCAGAAACCGGGCUUCAGUCACGAACCAGUCGAGCAUAGUUGGUGGCAGGAAAUUCGUCGUCGACGGCUUCGGCGACGACGGCAGCGAAAGUGACGUGCUGUUGUAUUCCACUGACGAUGAGCUUGGGUCAGAGUUCGACGGGAUCGAGACUAGCGGAAGCGAAACACCCGAUUUCCAGGUAGGUCUACGGCCGCUAGAGGGCACCGAGCAGGAUGCUGCUGAUGAUGAUGGUUAUGAUGGUGAUGGUGACGGUGAUGCUGUUGCAGCAGGUUAUGGCAGCCGCCGUAAAGCCGAUGGAGGUUGUGAGACAGAUGAUUUCUUGAUACAAAAUAACCAGUUUUCACCUCACCAACCAGAUAGGUCUAGUGCGCGAGAUGAUUUUUCGAUCGACCAUCUACAGUUUCCCGAUCGCCAAGAAGAUAGCGAGGAAGAUGAUUUCACGAUCGAAAGUCACCGGUUUCUCGAUCGCCUUGAAGAUAGCGAAGAAGAUGAUUUAACGAUCGAAAGUCACCAGUUUCCCGAUCGCCUUGAAGAUAGCGAGGAAGAUGAUUUCACGAUCGAAAGUCGUCGGAUUCCCGAUCGCAUUGAAGAUAGCGAGGAAGAGGAUUUAACGAUCGAAAGUCGCCGGAUUCCCGAUCACCUUGAAGAUAGUAAGGAGGAUGAUUUCACGAUCGAAAGUCACCGGUUUCCCCAUCGCCUUGAAGAUAGCGAGGAAGAUGAUUUCACGAUCGAAAGUCACUGCUUUCCCCAUCGCCACGAUCAAGAUGUACUCAAUUCUAAUGAAAAAUGUAAUACAUACUACAAAACCUCCGACGAUGAAUUCGGCACUGAACAAGACUCCUGUGGCGACCACCAUGCCGACGCCAUUGCUUUCGACAACGUCGGCAAUGUCAAGGACAUUAGCGACGAAGCGGAACUGGUCCCGAUCGUCUGUGCCAGUUCAAAGUACUUCUGGGAACGGAACCAAUACGAGGCAGGCACCAGCUUGGGAACGAGGCUCCACCGGUACAUAAAUUACAUCUGCAACAUUGAUGACAAGUGUAGUGGGCAGUGCGACCACAACAAUGGAGACGUAAACAGUCGGUCGCUGGAUCAAAUCCAUGGUGCGGAGGCAGCAGAAAAAGAAGAAGAUUCUGACGAAGACCAAGAAUCUGAUGAAGAAGAAGUUGCUCGCAUUGGUGCUUCUGCUGCCGGUGAUAACGAUGACAGUGAUGAUGAUGAUGAUGAUGAGGAGGAGGAGGAGGAGGAGGAGGAUAGCAUCGGGGAUAGCUUGGUCGUAAAUCAGUCAUGGGGACAAGGCGCCCACGGCCGACCGACUCGUCAGAGAAGCGGCGAGAGGGACUUUGAUGACGUGGAUGAGGAUCGGGGUCAUGUCAUUUCAAGACCCAGAACGCCGCCUCCACCCCCCGCCCGGAAUGAACUAAGCACACGUCACCGAAGCUUCGCGUCCACUCUGAAGUUCUGGCAGGGAGUUGAGCGGAUCAUGGUUCCCAACUUCGUCCGCGAGGCGGUCAACCUGUUUGAUGAUUCUGAUACAAGUUCCGAGGAAUCAGAAACAGAGGAUCGUCUUUGUUUUGGAGAUACGGGAAAUACGUCACAGUCGUACAGGUAUCGUUACAGCACGCCCGAAUGUGACUUCAUCUUCAUUCAUCCAAUAGAAAACGUAGGCUUUGGUGAUGGUGACAUCACGAGCGGCCAAUCCCGAUUCGCGUCUGACCAAACCUCAGGAAUUAGAUGGUGGAUCAUAUUUGUCUGGUGGUGUCUGACCCUGGUAUUUCUCGCGUUACUCGUGGCUUUGUUAAUAUCGGAAAACCUGUAUCCCGGCCUGUUUUCGAACUACUCUCAGUGUGAGUGCUACAGCAUUUUCGGGAUGUUCACGACUAUUUUAUACGAACCGUCCGAGAAAUGGAACUUUUGGCCGUCAGAGGAAUGGAACCUUUGGCCGUCAGAGGAAUGGAACUUUUGGAGUUAAGAAUUGUUUAAGUUUGUUGUUUCGUUGCUUUUAAUGUUGCUUUGCCUUGUUUUGUGAAAAAACAAAACAACUGAAAUGGUUGUACUUGUCUUUCGUCGACGGAGAGUUGUUAGAUGUGGGUGACUCGAUGAAAGAACUGUAAUUUUGCAUUGUGGUAAUUUUUUAUAUACUCUUGUAUUUGUUUCAAUAAAAAUAUAUAUAUAUUUUUUAA